AUGGCACCUAACUCGCCUCUCCCUCUACCUCGAUCUCUCAGCUCCUCGCUGGGUGAUCCCGCUACCCCAUCAUUCUCUCAACGUCCUGUGACUUUGGUCACUUCUCCAUGCAAGGUGAUGGACGCAAAGGACACCGUCAUGGGCGUCGUGUAUUCUGCUUAG